AUGAAUGAGCGGUCACCCUUGAGUGAGCUGUCAGUGUCGCCUCCUAGUGGUCUAGCUGCCAAUGUCCACAAUGCUACAUCAGAUUACAAUUGGAGGUUGAAAAUCACCAGAGGCUGGGACGAAGACCGGCACGUCCUGACCAGUGUCCAUGCCUGGCCUGAAGGGUCAAUCAUAAGUGAGCCGUCAGUGUCGCCUCUUAGUGGUGUAACUGACAAUAUGCACAAUGCUACAUCAGAUUAUAAUGGGGGUUUGAACAUCACCAGUGGCCAGGACGAAGAAAGACAAGAUGACCUGACCUCAAUGAACAUCAUAAUGCUGGUGGUUGGAAUUGUUUUUGGAGUUGGCGUUUCUGUGUUUGCUUUCGUCAUCAUCGUGCUGAUCCAUAAAUGCACAGACCACAACGAGAGCAUGAGGCCUAGUGUGGCACUUCAGCCAGACUGGCCUCUGAUCUUCGAAGGAGAAUACAUCACCAUGAGGUGUGUCCUACACCAUGAACUAAAAGAUGACAGUGGCUGGAUCUACAGCUGGUUAAGAGAUGGCGCUCCUCUGGGAAAUGCAUCCAAUUCUAGUGACAUCUCACUUGGCCAGGUGGACGAGACGUAUAAUCGCAAGUCCUUUACAUGUAGCGUUUCACAAAAGGGAGAUGCUACAACCUAUGGCAGUCUGCCAUACAGAAUGGUUGUAUUAAAGGUUCCUUAUGCCAGCCUCAAAAUCCAGUCUCCUCAGCCGCCCUUCUACAGUGGAGACACAGUCACCCUGAAGUGUUACAUCUCAAAGGGUACAGGCUGGACGUAUCAGUGGCUAAGGGACAACAAUGCCUGGUCUCAUGAUCCAACAAGCCAAACCAUUACAGUCUCUCUCCCCGAAGAGUCUGGGCAUUAUCAAUGUUUUGGCGUCAGAAGGCACAAGUCAAGUCACUCAAGCGAGUCCCUGGCUGUCAUUGUCAUCACUGCUGUACCGACAGCUACACUAACAACACCACGCACAGCUACACUGACUGUGGAGCCAAGGAGUCCUGUGUUCUCUGGAAAGAGAGUCACUGAACAUAUGCCAACAUUGCCAGCUAUUCCAGGACGUACAGAGCCUCAUCAGCUUGCCAUUGGCAUAGUCCUGGGAAUAGGAAUCUCCUUGGUCCUGGUCUUGCUCAUGGUCAUUCUGUAUUGCUGUGCAAAGUCCAAAGCAUGUUCUGUCCACCAUUCAGGCAGUGGCCAACAUGUGAAGAAUGAUGACCAGCCUUUAGGGAGUGACGGGGAGCAGUUGGACUAUGUUCCUAUGCGGCCGACACAACAUUCGGUUCCUGAAUCUGACCAUCCUGACCUGAGCUUGACACAGCCCAUUUAUGCACCUCUGCUGAAGGUUCAUGAAGACGUGUACAAGACCCUUAAGCCAGAAUCAAAAUGGUAA